GUUGGCAAUCUAAUGACUGAACUAGAAGAAACAAGAACAUUAUUGGAGAACUCUGAACGAGGAAAGAAGAUUGCUGAAACAGAACUACAGGAGGUUCAAUCAGGACUGACAGCGCUAAACAUUGAACAUGAGACAUUACAUAACAACAGAAGAAAACUUGAAACAGAUUACAAUAAUAUCAUGGCAGAAAUGGAAGAAUUUCAAAACGCGGUAAAACUCUCUGAAGAGAAAUGCAGGAAACUGGUAGAGGAUAAGAUGCGACUUAGCGAUGAAUUAAAACAGGAAAAAGAACGAAGUGAGAAAGAGGAGAAUCAAAGACGAUCUCUUGAAGUUCUUUUAAAGGAUGCCGUGACUAAAGCAGAGGAAGCAGAGAGUUCAUCAAGCAGGGGUGGACGCAGAGUCAUUGAUGGAUUAGAACAAAGAAUUCAACAGUUGCAAGAAGAAUUAGAUCUUGAACAGACAAAGGUAGGCGAAGCACUCCGAAACUACAGAAGAUCUGAAAGACACUGUAAAGAACUGAAUUUAAAACAGGAAGAGGAUAAGGAAAACUAUUCAAAACUUCAGGAGCUGAUUGAAAGGUUGGAGAAGAAAGUACGUAUGUAUAAACAUCAAGCUGAACAAGCAGAAGAGAGAGCCAUUACCCAUCUUAGCAAGCUUCGAAAAGUUGAAAUGGAAAUGGAGAAGAUUGAUGAAAAAGCAGCAAGUUCUGAUCAGGUUUUGAGGAAGUAUCGUAGGCAAACUGUUCCAUCUAAUAUGAUGUAACAAAAUACAAGAAUUGAACGCUUGUAAAGUUGUAGUUAAAUCAGAGCUGGAGACUUUUGAAUUCACAGAGUGCGUUUCCGGUUUCCUCGUGGACAUUUUAGAACAUUUAGAUUCAAUUAGAUUUAAUUAGAUUGAAUUAGACCAUUUAUAUUCAAUUAGAUUAAAUUAGACC